CAAAUUGGCAUUGAAAGCUAUAAAACUGUUUGUCUUUAUCCACUCCAUUAAUCUCUCUCUCAAAGUUCCAGACUUUGGGAAAACUAAAGAGUCCCAUCUUCAGUUAUUGAUUCCUCUGUGGCUGUGAGCAGUGUAGUUUUUUGGGCCAAAUAGAAGACCAAAGUGGGGAUUCUGUGGGCCACUACAAGAACUGGAGACAUAAAAGAAAAGGAUUAGAUUAUUUAUUGUAAAUAGCCACAAAAAAAAAUUACUCAGAAAGAAGAGGAGGAAAACGAAAGUUAUGGCGAGGAAGAGGAAAGUGGAAAGUAGCGCAGCGAUAGUAGAUGAGAGUGACAAAGUUUUGUAUUCAGCGUUUAGAAAUUCUGCUAAUGAACUCUCUCAAUUAUACUCUCAAGCAAUCAGUCAUAACAAGCUUUCUUUUGAAGCUGGACAAAGACAUGCUCUCGAGAAACUGAGUAACUGGAUGGCAGUGAAGCAGCAAGGUGGAAUAAUGGUGACAACAGAAGACAUUUCUACUUAUCUGCAGAGUGAGCUGAACAAUAUUUCCAACGCUAGUUAUGACUCACAUGGUGGCCGGAAUGAGGUGAACUCAUCUAUCACAACUCCUGUCAUACAAAGCCAAGAUAAAAACCUAUGUUUGUCUUUCGAUUCAGAAAUGGAUACAACUCCUGAAGGAUCUGCUCACUAAUUUCUCAAUCUUUAUGAGAAUUUGUAUAGAUUGAUAGAUUAAUUAAUGAGAAGAUAACACUCAAUUGAUCUGUCUUCUCCGCUUGUGAAUCUUGGCAAAUUCAACUCUAUUCUUCUAAUCUCUAUCGCACAUGAAGAUCACUUCAUCUGUUUGCAUUCUCUA